AAUAGGAAUUAGGCAAGGAAAUGGCUUGUGGUGUGAUAGCAGUUGGCAGUACUGUGCCUGGCAAACUGACGCAGAGCUGAGCAUUAUUCUUUGCGAUUUUCGAGAGCCUUCAUCUGGAUUUCAGCUCUGAACAAGCCUAGCAUUGGCAGAAGAUAUUGCUGGUCUUGGUAGUUUGGAGAACUUGAUUUGAAAGUGAUGCUGUAAUGACAAGUGGGGAUAGCAGGUUGUGAAGAUGCCAAGGACCUUCAGGGCUACUUGAGGGACAGCAGGUUAGUCUACAGUAGUGAACGUGUCAGUAAUAACUCACAUAUGAAUUCAUGAAGUUGGACUGGGAAAGCAGUGGCAAAAUGAACUCUUCCUUCUGGACACAGACAGAAGGUAGCAGACCUGAUUUACUCUGUGGAAUGCCAGCUGACUACGCUUACGGAAAGGGGCAUUUCAUAACGCUUCUGUGUUCAGCUGUUGUUAUGGGAGGAUUUCUGAGGGCGUAUUUGAAGAAUUCUGAAGUCAUUGUCUUGGCAAUUCUUUCUCUGUCAGGAUUUGCGCUAGGACAGCUGGCCUACAAUAUUGUUGAGGUGCACAAAGUUGUCUACCCUCUUCUAAGAACACCAAGUUUUUCACUUUAUUGUUAUUUUUCACCUUUAAUUAUAUUUCUGGCUGCUUUGGACGUGGAUUUUUAUAUACUCAAGAAUGUGCUUUGGCAGGUCCUCUUAACUGGAUUAAUUAGCUUUUCUACGGCAUUCAUCAUAAUUGGAUAUGUGGUUCUGAAAUUCAAUAAAGAUGAAUGGGAUUUGCAGUCUUGCCUGCUCUUUAGCUUGACUCUUGGCAUCACAGAUCCUAUUCAUUCUGUGAAUUCACUGAAAAUGAUUGGCAUUUCCAAAAUGUAUACUGAUAUCAUUAGAGGGGAAUCAAUGAUCAUCUGUGGUUUUACAUCCAUUGUUUUUGGAAUGUUUCGGAGACACUCACAUCACUUACCCAUGUUUAGGGAGUUACACAUGAUUGUGGACCUCUCCAUGGACAUUUUUGGAAGCAUAAUAUGUGGAUAUUGGUGUGCAAGAAUCAUUCAGUUUACAUUGACUGACCUUUUUAGCAAUACGCUGACUAAUGUCAUUAUUUGCGUUUCAAUGGUGUACAUGACUUUCUACAUUGUGGAAUUUUUCGGAAUGUCAGGUAUGGUUGCUUUAAUCACUGUAGGACUGAAUUUGGAUUCCUUAAGCUUUAAACCAAGGAUGGAGUUCAUAAUUACUAAGUUCUUCAAAAUGUUUUCAUCUGUCUUCCAAGAUUUAAUAUACACUUUCUUUGGCAUUGUGAUUGGAUGUGGAGAAAUCAAGUAUUUUCGAUUUCACACUGUGAGUUUCAUGUUCAUCUUAUUUGCAACAGUAAAUGUUGUGAGGUUGCUUACUACUGUGUUAGUGAGCCCUAUUCUGAUGCGUUCGAGUUAUGAAUAUAAUUGGAGAUGGGGAGUUGUGAUAGCCUGGUCUGGAAUUAAAGGAGUUUUCAGCUUACUCUUGGCUCCUGAUAUUCACAAUCUGGCUGAAAAAAAAACAAAGUCACCACAAAUGUUUAUCUUGUAUCUACUAGUAACAUCGUUGAUGACUAUGGGAAUAAAUUCGUACAUGAUGACUCAUUCAGCCAGGACAUUGGGUUUGUGUGCUAUUUCCCUUCCAAGACAAAUGGCCAUGCAAAAUGCCAUUAAGCACAUACAGGAGAUAAUACAGAACACAAUCACUUUAUUUAAAACAGAAAAGAUUUUGACAAAUGUUAAUUGGACCUUGGUAGAAGAAAAAACGAAGAUUGAAUACAUCAUUCCUUCUGAUACUGUUCAGUUUUCCCACGUUUCACAUGAUGAAAAAGAGGAAGAGUCCCCAACGGAUGAAGUUUUAAUGGAAGAAGCCAGAUUGCACAUAGCUAUAAUACAAAUGAGGAGCUUUGAAAAACAGUGUAACAAUGGAAUUCUCGGUGUAGAGGCAGCCCGGAUACUAAUUGGUGCGGCCAAAAGCUAUUGCCCCAUCCAAGGAAAAUUCAUGAGCAUUUAUGAUGUUUCAACUUACGUAAGAGCUAGAAGUUGGCUUAUGAAAUUUAAAAAUAUGUUAACUUUCUUGGACUAUCGUACAGAUAAGGCACCUCUUAUUCUACACGGGAAUAAUAAAUUUAUGAUUUUUGUAUAUCGCAUUGUAUUUUCAGAAGAAUUUGAAUAUACAGGACAUAUUAUAACAUUUAUAUACAUUUACCCUAUGAUAAUGCAUCUAUGGCCAAUGGCAAGAGAAUUAAAUGUGGCAGGACUGAUAUUAGUAAACUAUUAUUUUGUAUCUUUAUACGUAUUAGAAUCAGCAUUGAAGAUAAUCAUUUUGAAAAGAAAAUAUUUUCGUCAAUAUUGGAACACUUUGGAAUUUAUCAUCGUGCUUACUGGAAUCUUUGAUAUCUUUUUUAUACACCUUGUCAGAUGGAGACCAGACAACUUGGUUCUUAUUCAGAUUGUAAUAAUAAUAGGAUAUUUCAGAAUAAUUAGGUUUAUUCCUCUCAUCAAGACAAUAAUACCACUGCUGAUAAAUAUUGCAGAUGUGCAGAUCAAAAAGCGUCUCAGGUUGAUGUAUAGUAUUACAAAAGGCUAUGUCAAAAGUCAAGAGGACGCCAAAUUUUUAAUAAAACAAAUUUCUAGCCGAGAAUCAAUAAAUCAGAAAUUAUAUGAAAUUUUGGAAACUAAUCAACGAGAUGCUGUCAAAGAACUAGGACUCAUAGAGCACGAGGGUCGUGAUGUCGUCAUUGCUUUGAAGACUAGGCAGGCAAUCCGGAACGUGAUUGCUAAAGCUUUGAAAAACCUCACCUUCCUUUGGUCAAGAGGCAUUAUUGAUAAGCAUGAGGGCGUAGAGAUGAAUAAGGUGCUUCUUGCAAAAAUAAAGGCACUCAAUAACUUUCCAAUGGCAAUCCCACCCCCUACUCCUGAAAAGUAUCUUCAUAAUAUCCUUUGGCUAGAAAAUAAAGAUGUUCUCAUUGAGUUCUUCAAGGAAAGAGCAAAACUUGCCUAUUUUGACUAUGGAGAUGUCAUUUGUAAAGAAGGUGAAAUGCCGCAAGGAAUCUACUUAAUUAUUUCAGGAAUGGCAAUUUUGCAUAGUUCACCUCCUACCUUUGGAAUAGACAGUGCCCUAAGGCCUGAUAGAGAGUCCAAAACCAUGUUUACAGAGUACUGUACCAGUGGCGACGUAAUUGGAGAGUUGAGCUGUCUGCUCAAGCGUGAAAGUGAAUGUACUGCCAUCUGUGAAACAAUUUUACAGGUUCUGAUAUCUUACUUAGUCACCCAACCAGCUGUUGUGAAGCAGUAUAGACUAAAGGCCUGCUUUAUCUCCCUGGAGGAUUUAUAUGAAGGCUUUGAUGUCUUCUGGCCAUCCCUGGAAUAUAAAAUAUGGCUAAAGCUUGCUCUCAGUAUUGCCUAUCAGUAUUUUGAAUCAAGUCUCAUUGAUGAGGACUUAACCUUUCGGAAGUGUGCAGAGCUCAAUCUUGCAUAUGUGCAGACUUUAUCAAGCUACAAUGAAAUGAUCAUUGAUAAUGAGACCAUGAAAUUUGUUAUUGUUGUGUACGGCAGUGUCAUUGAUACUAAGAGAGAAGUACCAUAUCUUGCACCUUGCAUUUUACCUAAAACCUGUGGACAGGUUCAGGGAACUUCAGAUUUAAGCAAGUUGCUGGUGAUCCAAGCAUCUGAGCCUGUCAAAAAUAAUAAUAACGCCAAGGUCAUGGUUUUUCUGUUUGAUGCCUGUAUUUGGAUUGGUUCAGUCAACACUGGUGUUCGAAUGACCAAGAAAGAACAUAACUGGAAAAGAUGAGUUGGAAAUUGAAUCCCAUCUCACAAAAGGAUACUAAUGGCACUAACAUGAUAUGUGGAGUCAGGUUAAAGACUGAGCUAAUAUCCCAGCUCAAGUGCUGAAGAAUGAUCUGGCAAGAAGUUUACUUAGAAGUUGCUGAAACAAUUUACUGCUGCAUUUAUUUUACAAGCAGUUGAUGGACUGCUGCAAAUUGUUCAAUUUGAAGUAGUUGCGUUAUACUUGAGAUGUUAAAAAGUUCUUCCAGAUAAUAUAUCCUAAAACUCAUGGCCUACCAAAUGAAAUUCUGUGUCCAGCUGAGAGCCAGUUAUAGCAGAGUACAAGUUAUCAAAAGCAUUGUACAAUUUAUUACCGUCUAGAGCAUAGGAUCCAUAAUUCUGACUUAUGAUAGUGCUAUAAUUAGUACCUCCCUAACAUUUUCCAGAGUAAAGUUAUUCCCCUCCCAUUCCCAAUUUAGUAAGUAUUGAAAAAAGGAACUAUGUUCCACAAUCGUAGUUACUGAAAGCCGUUUUAAGAGAAAUUAACAAUCCUACAUUGCAUAGUACUAUUUGAUAGUACUUUUCAUUUUAUUUUCAAAAGUCAAAUAAAGUUGAAUGUUAUGGU